AUGCAAUUCACACUCUCUCUACUGUCGAGGUCGGUAUGGAAAGGACCUAAUAUUGUUCCGCUCCCUGUGAAAGAAGCGCUCGCCAAGGGCGCGCCAAUAAGAACCAACGCAAGAUCAGCGACGAUCCUACCUCAGUUUGUGGGAUUGAAGUUCCAGGUGCACAAUGGCAAAGAAUACGUUGCCUUUGAGGUAUCGGAGGACAUGGUUGGCAGCAAGCUUGGUGAAUUCGCUCCAACCAGGAAGAGGUUCAGCUACACUCAUACAAAGAACAAGUGA